UCGAGUAUAUGAUCCUGGCCACCAUCAUCGCCAACUGUAUCGUGCUGGCGUUGGAGCAGCACCUCCCCGACGGGGACAAGACACCCAUGUCCGAGCGGCUGGAUGACACGGAACCUUACUUCAUCGGCAUCUUCUGCUUCGAGGCAGGCAUCAAGAUCAUUGCAUUGGGCUUUGUCUUCCACAAGGGUUCCUACCUGCGCAACGGCUGGAACGUCAUGGAUUUCGUGGUGGUCCUUACAGGGUAGGUG